AACAUUAAGUACUAAAUUAUGUUAUGAUUUUUAUAUUUAGUAUAGAAAAUCAUUGAUGCACAUUUAAAUUAAAAACCCUUUAAUAUUCAAACUGGAUUACGGAAUAGCAAGGAUGACGGAGUUCGGGGAUGUCGCUUUUUUAAUAUAUAAUAUAUCCUUAAAUUGCACUCAUUUAUUCCCCUUUUUAUUACCUAAUGAAACAAACUGCACUUUUCCAGAUCCCCCAGAAGACAGAUUUAUGUUCUUCUCUCCCCCUGAAUGGUUGGUGCAGUUUGCGAGGAUAUCGUAUGGAUUAGUGGGUUUAUUAGGUUUGUGCGGUAAUAGUUUGGUAAUCUAUGUGGUGCUGCGGUUUUCCAAAAUGCAAACCGUUACAAACAUGUACAUUUUGAAUCUGGCAUUUGCGGACGAAAUGUAUUUAAUUGGUUUACCAUUUCUUCUUACUACAAUGAUUUACCACUCAUGGCCAUUUGGUAGAGCCAUGUGCAAAAUAUAUAUGACUACAACAAGCAUUAACCAAUUUACAAGCAGCUUGUUGCUGACGGUAAUGAGUGCUGAUCGUUAUAUGGCAGUGUGCCAUCCAAUUCAAUCACCUAGGUAUCGCACACCAUUUAUUGCUAAGUUCAUAUGCCUAACAGCAUGGACAAUAUCCGCACUCCUUAUGGUCCCAAUAUAUAUGUACGCAAGCAUUCUCAAUGCAGGAGAUUACAUAAAUUGUAACAUAUACUGGCCAGAAAGCUCGUACAUGAACGGAGAAAAGGCUUUCACAUUGUAUGCGUUUACCUUAGGUUUCGCUGCUCCACUGCUAUUUAUUAUUGUAUUUUAUUUUUUGGUGAUAUGUAAACUGAGGAAAGUUGGACCUAAGAAUAAAAGCAAGGAAAAGAAAAAAACACACAGAAAAGUAACAUAUCUCGUUUUAACUGUCAUAACUGUUUACAUUUUAUGUUGGCUACCAUAUUGGAGUGCUCAGCUGUGGUUAACUUUCAUUCCUCCGGAUUCAGGUCAGAAUACGUUCACGUUUACGAUGAUGCUCCUGACGCAGUGCUUGUCGUACGCCAACUCGGCCGUUAAUCCCAUUCUUUACGCUUUUUUAAGUGAUAACUUUAAGAAGAGCUUCGCAAAGGCAUUUACUUGCGCUUCUCGCCGCGAAGUAAACGCUCAACUUCACGUGGAAAACAGUGUUUUUCCUAAAACCAAAAGUGGUUCCAGUCGCCAAGGGGAGAGAAAAAGUGACACCCCUCGUGUUCUCAAAGUUGACCGACACGAAAUGGAACAAUCAACGGGAAUUACGGUUAUGAAAAGUGAAAAAGAUGUUUCUGGGUUAAAAAAUGGUUUUAAUGUUGCUGCGGAAACAACUCAAGCUACUCAAGUUUAAAUUUUGCUUAUAACGAACUUAAGGGAAAGUCACAAAAUCCAGUUUGCUGUUUCGUUUUUUUUUUCCUUUUUUUUCUUCUUAUUUUUCUUAACUUUACAAAAAACUGCACAGGUGCAUCUUUAUGGAGCUCUAAUUUUCCAAUUAUUUUUUUUUAA